CUAAGCGUCGGCUUGAGCACCAAAACAUCUACCUAUCGGUUACGCGACCUCGAAUCGAUCGGCCAAACCCUUUGCAAUGGCACCUGGAGGCUCCGGCAGAGUGCCAACCGGUUUCGCGGCAGAGACAUACAUCAGCGAUCACACAUUCCGACAGGGCCAGCGCGCGAUCGAGAGCGGCGAGGGGUCGAAAAAGAGGAAGCGCGAAGCCAAGGGCGACUCGAGCAUCGUGAGCGGAGCGGGCGCAUACAAGGGGCCUUGGGCAAAAUAUGAAGAGCAACGGCCAGACGCAGCGUCGGACGAUGAGUUUGGGUCAGAUGUGGAGGUGGAGAUUGUGUACGAGGAAGACGAAAUUGUCGACAACUCUGCGCCCGCGCCCAAGAAGCUUGCCGGCACAGACUAUCGCGACACGGAGACGGAAGGCGAGACGAGCGAGUUUGUAGGCAGCGAGCAGUACGACUACCAGGGACGGACCUACAUGCACGUACCCACGGAUCUUGACGUCAAGCUCACGGGCGACUACGAACCCAAGAACUUUAUACCGAAGAAACUCAUCCACAGCUACAAAUACCACACCAAGUCGAUUACCCAAGUACGCUUCAUACCCGACAGCGGUCAUCUCCUGCUGUCGGCGUCGGCCGACUCCAAGAUUGCGCUAUGGGAUGUCUAUCACCAGCGCGAGCUGCUGCGAACAUACUCUGGACACACCAAGUCGGUUGUCGACAUUGAUUUCAACCCUAGCGGCACGCAGUUUGUGUCGGCCAGCUACGAUCGCUACAUGAAGCUAUGGGACACGGAGACUGGAAAGUGCCUGAACAGGUUCACGACUGGCAAGACACCGCAUGUUGUCCGCAUUAAUCCCAGCACACCGCAUGAGUUCUUGGCGGGCAUGAGCGACAAGAAGAUUCUGCAGUACGACACACGGAGCGGAGAGAUGGUGCAAGAGUAUGACCACCAUCUUGGGCCUGUCAACACGAUUACCUUUUGCGACGAGAACCGCCGCUUCAUCACCACGUCAGACGACAAGUCGCUGCGCGCAUGGGAAUACGGCAUCCCUGUUCCCAUCAAGUUCAUCGCCGAGCCGUACAUGUUCUCCAUGGUCCGGUCCUCGCCCCACCCGUCAGGCAAAUACGUUGCCUUCCAGUCGUCGGACAACCAGAUUACAGUCUACAGCUCGACGGACCGCUUCAGGCAGAAUCGCAAGAAGAGCUACAGGGGACACAAUGUGGCUGGGUAUGCGCCCGACGUGGCCAUCAGUCCCGACGGGCAAUUCAUCAGCUCCGGUGACAGCGGGGGUUUCCUGUGUUUCUGGGACUGGAAGACGUGUAAAAUGUAUCACAAGAUUGCCGCCAGCGACGCGCCUGUGCUGGCAGUGCAGUGGCACCCGCGCGAAACGUCCAAGGUGAUUACGGGCGACCUCAACGGCGCGCUGAAACUGUAUGAUUAAGUAGGUGUAGUAGAGAGGUUCGAGGAUUUCUUUUUUUUUCUUUUUUUUUACCGUGGGCAACGAUUAGCGAUACCCAGUUGCCAAUUUAAAUCUU